GACAUCUGACAUUUUAUUGUGUUUGUAAAAAUUGUAAAAUUGUAAUUGGAUUUUGUAGGUGGAGAAGAUAAAUAGUCUUGAAAUUAAUCAUACAAUACAAUGCUUUUACUUGGCUAAUCCAAAUGAAAUGGCGUUUCUAGAAAGACGUCGAUUUACGUUCUUCGAUGUGCAUAACAAUGUUGAUGGUGGAAAAAUUGCAGAAUGCCUCCAGGAUACAUCAGUGUCAGCAACAACUAAUGGACAUAAUCAUAUCAUCAUAUGCGAUGUCACGGGCAUGGCUCACAUCAUCUCCCGAUCUUGGGAGAUCCUGUCAUUCAAGGUCUAUGAGCUGACAAUAACAUUGGCACAACAGCUCCCACAUGAUCCUUACUUAGUUACAAUUGGGGAUGAUGAUCCAGGAAUUAAUCCCUUUAUUAAAGUAUGGGACUGGUCACGGAGUGAUAGGGAUCCAACAUGCACUCGAGUGUCAAGAGCAGUGCCUUCACAUCUCAGGGCCACACCUGCCACUGCUCUGGCAGUACAUAAUAAGAAUCUCCUUGCAGUUGGUUUUCAAGAUGGUUCAGUGUCAUUAUUUCGUGGCGAUAUAUCCAGACAGCGCAGUGGAAAGAUGAAAACUUUACCUGACUCUGGUACUAGUCCAAUCACUGGACUAGCUUUCAAGGGUGCGGACAAGUUGUUUGUGGUGAGCCGGUCCACCACCCUGGUGUAUCGGCUGGGUGAGGAGCGCUGUAUCACUCUGGACGCGAUGGGCGCUGCGCCACAGUGCAGUGUGCUCGCUGACAGGCAAUGCUUCACUGUCGCAGCAACAGAUGCAAUAUAUUGUUAUACAGCCGAAGUUAGAGGUCCAUGUUACGCAUUGGCCGGUGAGAAAGUACUGAUCAAUUGGUUCCGUAAUUAUUUAAUAAUAGUCACCAAUGAAAUGCCAACGAAAAAUGUACCGUCCACAAGUAACACAAUUUCAAAGACACAUCAUCUCACAAUAUUAGAUAUACAAAACAAAUUUAUAGUUUUCUCUAAAACAUUCGAUGGAAUUGAAGCCGUUUUAACCGAAUGGGGUUCAUUUUAUAUAUUAACAAAGAACAAAGAGAUGAUAUUUCUUGAAGAGAAGGAUCUCCAAUCUAAAUUGACUUUGCUAUUCAAAAAGAACCUCUAUGAUGUUGCAAUAAGGAUAGCGAGCAGCCAGCAUUAUGAUGUUGAAGGGUUGAUGGAGAUUUAUAAACAGUAUGGCGAUCAUUUAUAUAGUAAGGGUGAUCUAAAAAGUGCAAUUGAACAAUACGUUAAAACUAUAGGAUGGUUGGAAACUUCAUAUGUAAUACGAAAAUAUCUAGAAUCCAGACAUUUAGAGUCACUGGUACAAUAUCUAGAGGAACUACAUAAGAAAGGUUUUGCGACUGAAGACCAUACAACUCUGUUACUUACAUGUUAUGUUAAGAUUGACCAACAUGAUCAACAAGGAAAACUUAAAGAAUUCAUCAAUUCAAAAGAUAAAACUAUUGAUUUUGAUGUAGAUGUUGCUAUAAAAGUUGUUCGUCAAGUGAGCGUUGACGACGCUCUAUCUUUAGCCGCGAACCACAAAAGACACGAUUGGUAUCUUAAAAUAGUAUUGGAAGAUAAGAAGGAAUACAAGACUGCGCUUGAUUAUAUCGCAGAUCUGGAGUUUGAUGAUGCAGAUAUGUAUAUGAAAAAGUAUGGACACAAAUUGAUUCAGCAUGAACCAAAAGAGAGCACUAAACUAUUGAAAUUACUAUGCACUGACUACAAACCUCGCAGCAAGCCUCUGGUGGAUGAAGAUUCUUUAAGCGGUGUUCACAGAGAGCCUGACAGGGCUCUUCCCGAUGAGUACAUACACAUGUUCCUCAACAACUCGGAGCACCUCAUAGAGUUUCUGGAGCACAUGGUCUCCUGCGCAGACCUUAAGUGUUCCAGUCUAGUCUACAAUACCCUUAUAGAACAUUACAUACACGUCUGGGCAAAAGCGGAACCAGAUGACAAAUCACAGAAAGCAUUGAAAGUGUACAAUGUGCUGAAAGACCCCGAGGCCAACUACGAUAGAGACCAGAUGUUGAUCAUCUGCCAAAUGUUUGACUUCAAAAUUGGCAUACUGCAUUUGUACGAAGAGAAGAAAUUAUGGCGAGCGACGCUGGCGCUGCACAUGCGCAGUGGCACAGCGGACGUGGCGCUGGAGGUGUGCCGGCGACGCGGCGCGGCGUGCCCGCAGCUGUGGCGCGACCUGCUGCACGCGGCGCCCCCGCCCCCACCACGCUGUCUGCCGGAACCUCUGCAAGUACUCGCAAGUGAGAAACUUCUCUCACCAAUUCUAGUCAUCGAUUGUCUCACCAGCACUCAGUCAUACACCCUGGGGGAUGUGCGCAAAUAUUUAAUGGAUGUAUUAAAAUCAGAAGAGGAGGUGAUAAACAGAGAAAGAGAACUUUCCGCUAAAUAUAAGAGCGAGACAGAGAAGAUGAAGAGUCAGAUUGAAGUUAUCCAGAAUGAACCUAUUACCUUUCAAAGUUCCCGCUGCGCUGCUUGCAAUGGAUCACUCACGUUACCCUCCGUACAUUUCUUCUGCCAACACUCUUUCCAUCAACACUGUUUCCAGAGUUAUUCUGAGUGCGAGAGCGAGUGCCCGGCAUGUGCGCCGCCACGCCCACCUGCGCCGCCCCCGCAUACUGCCGAGACACUGCACUCCCGCCUGCACAAGGACCAUGACCCAUACGCAGUGGUAUCAGAAUACUUCGGACGUGGUCUGUUCAACAAGCUGACGGUGGUGACGGAGGGAGCGCAGGAGGGCGUGGCCCCACUCCCCGACCCGCCCCUCGCGCCUCUCGCCCCGCCCACUCAGCAGACGUAUGGACCUGGUGCUGAAGCUAAACUACGCUUGCAAGAAGGACAGAGUAAACAAGUGUUCGUGGCAAAUACUGUAAAGCAGCAGGUGCCGAAAGGCACUGCGGUGGUGCCGGUGCCUGAAGGCAGGAUGCGGCUUCUGGAGCAGCAGCAGUACUCCUCCAGUCUGGAGGCCAACAUGCAGCAGCUGCAGCCAAAGCUGCGACUCUCACCCGCAGCUAACAAGAAAUUCCAAGAGCCCAACGUCUCGCCUAACAUAUCAUCGGCGAUAACCAACGGAGCGAAUAAAAAUCCUUUCGAAGACGAAACUUACGAUGAAAGUAAGAACCCGUUCUCAGACGAUGACGUCAAAGAGCCGAGCAACCCUUUCGCAGAGGACGAUGAUUAUGACAAAAAUCUCAACCCAUUCUCGUGAUCGUAACAUAAUGGCUAAUCUCCAUUCGAAUACAGUUUUUUUAUCUCUUUCAUUCUUUAUGUAAUCAGACAGAGAUAGCAAAUGUUUGAAUAUUUGAAAUUACCGGAAAACUUGCAAUGUUGCCAACAUAAAAAAAUUACAGUUAUAAAAUUAUUUACCUUUUCUUUAAAUUUGGAUAAAAAAUUUAUUGCGACAUAAUGGUCUCGUCGUCUUAAUGGUCCGACUUAUCUAUAUAGAAGUACUAAUGUCGCUAUUUAUAUUGAAAUGGACUAUAUUAAGUAUAGUUCGAUUACAAUUCGAUUAUAUAACGUAGUAAGGAUUAGACAGAGAGGAAAAACUUUGUUUUUUACUAUAAAAUGUUACUUUUCUUGGCAAAAUUAAUGUGUAUAAGACUGGCAAUGAACAUAUUGCAUUAUUAUAAAC